CUGCUUGUCAUUGCCCAUUGACACUCAUUUUCGUUGUUCGUCGAAGAAAAGAAGAAAAUUAAAAUCCUCCGAUUGAAGAAAAAACUAAAUUUUUCUUCAAUAAAUCAAUUUAGAAACGAAACAACUUCAUUUGAAAAAGACCAUAACUUUUUCAACAAAUAUCUCAUCAAUUAAUUAAAAAUCACAGCCAUCAGCAUGUUCGGUCGUCAAGGCGGUUUAAGUGGGUCAUCGGGUGGCACUGGAUCCUCUUUGGUGGAAUUCCGGGCUGGCCGCAUGAAUAUGGUUGGUAAGAUGGUCCAUCCUGAUGUAAGGAAGGGUCUUGUCUACCUGAAUCAAAGUGAAGAUGGACUUAUGCACUUUUGCUGGAAGGAUCGAGUUUCUGGAAAGGUCGAAGACGACUUGAUUGUAUUUCCUGACGACUUCGAAUUUAAACGAGUUGAACAAUGCAAAACAGGUCGCGUUUAUGUUUUGAAAUUCAAAACUUCAUCCCGAAGGAUGUUCUUCUGGAUGCAAGAACCAAAAACUGACAAGGACGAAGAACACUGUCGCCGAGUUAACGAGCUAAUGAACAAUCCACCAUCAGCUAACAGGAGUAGCAGCGACAGUGGUGACUUGCAGUAUAUGCUUAACAACAUGUCUCAGCAGCAACUUAUGCAGUUGUUUGGUGGUGUUGGACAAAUGGGUGGACUCAGUUCGCUUCUUGGAUCAAUGAAUCGUUCAUCGGAUAGCAGCUCUUCCCCGCGGACAGCAAGCACUCCAACAUCUAAUCGCCUAAACGCAAGCACUCUACUAACUCCAGAGAAUUCUACAUCGUCAAUUCCUCGCACUCCGUCCGCUCCCAAAUGUGCCAGAGGAUCUAAUGCUGAAUCAAAGAAAUCUUCCGAUGCAUCAGCAGGAGCUUCUGAUGACGUGAGUUUUCCAGGACUUCGAUCAUUCAUAUCAGGCCUCUCAACCGACACAGCCGGAACAGCAGCAGGAGCCGGACGAACCAUCAACAUAGAUUUAUCCACUGCUAUUGCCUCUUCCGAUGCUGUCAAUCAAAUUAUUGCCGAUCCAGAUCGUGCAAAUACACUUUCAGUUCAUCUGCCCGAAACAGAUGAAUCCGAUGAGAGCAAGCGCCAACAGCUCAAGGAAACCCUAUCGUCGCCUCAAUUUCAACAGGCUCUAUCGCUCUUCUCGAAUGCCCUGCAAUCAGCUCAACUUGGUCCGGUUGUAUCACAAUUCGAAUUAUCCCCUGAAGCAGUUGCUGCUGCAUACUCCGGAGACUUGGAACAGUUUGUAAAAGCAUUGGAGAAAUCUAAGCCAAAUGUUGAGGCCAAGGAGGAAACUGUCGAAAAAAAAGAUUAACAUGAGAAGCAAAGUUUUACUCCCCCAACUGGUUUUGAAUUGGAAUGAUUAUAUUUUUGUGAAUUAUAGUUACCUUUAUAGUAUAAACUUGCUUGGUGUGUUUAAAAUAAAGAAACAAAAAAACAAAACCGCAUAAACUUUGCUGCGUUUAACAAACUAAACAAAAUUAAUACACAGUGUUAACCAAAUGAUACCAUUCAAAUUGAAUAAAUUUAAUCGCAUAUUUAAUCAAAAA